AUGGGGAAUUCAUGCUGCACAAAUCAACCUCCAGAGUAAGUUAUUUGAAUGAUUUUAAUAGAACAGAUAAGCAGGUUGAGACAAAGCCAGAGGAUAUGAGCAAGUUAAUUUAAUAGGAGUCCAAGAACGAGGAAGAACCUUUAAAGUAGAUAACAUGUAAGAAUAUAUAAUAAUUGGAGCUAUUCCUACUUUAUCUGUGUAGCCUUCGUUGUUUAUUUAGAUGAAGAGGGAAACCAUUUAUGGCACUUAUCAGGUGGGGAAGCUAUUGGGAGAAGGUAAAACGAAUUGUAAUGAUAGGUGCGUAUGGACAAGUUUCCAUAGUGACCCACAGAGUGACAGGGAUGCAAAGGGCAAUGAAGGCAAUUCGUAAGGACUGCUUAUUUGAGGAGGAGCAGGCGAAACUAUUUUCGGAGAUGACUAUUCUGAAAAACCUUGAUCAUCCACACAUAGUGAAUUUAUUCGAGCUAUUUGAGGAUGACAAAUUUUAUUAUUUGAUAACAGAGUAGAUACUAGAUUGAUAUAAUUAGGUAUUUACGUGGAGGGGAAUUGUUUGAUCGUAUUCAGAAAGCGAAAAAUUUCAGUGAAGCAGAUGCUGCUAGAUAUAUGAAGUAAGUGAUGUAGGCCGUGUGUUACUGUCAUUCAAAGAAUAUAGUUCAUAGGGAUUUGAAACCUGAGAAUAUUAUUUUUGCUUCCGAAGAUUAGUAUUCAAUCUUGAAAGUGAUUGAUUUUGGGACAUCAAGAAAAUUUGAGCAAAAUUAGAACAUGUCUAAGAGACUGGGAACGGUACAUAGUUUAUAAUAAUAUCUUAAUAGCCAUAUUACAUAGCACCGGAAGUUCUACAGAAGAAGUACAAUGAGAAAUGCGAUGUGUGGUCAUGUGGUGUCAUACUCUACAUUUUAUUGGCUGGCUAUCCACCGUUUUAUGGGAGGAAUGAAACUGAGAUCUUCGAUAGAAUUUUAAAGGGCAAGAUCCCGUUUCAUAGUAAAUAUUUUGAAUAAUUACUAAGCUACUGAAUGGAACAAGAUAUCUAAAGAAGCCAAGAAUCUGAUCACGAAUAUGUUGUGUUUGGAUGUAGAAAAGAGGUAUUCUGCUUAAUAAGUGUUUGACGAUCCUUGGUUACAAUAAGGAUAAGGCCAAAAUUUGAUUGAUGAUAGUUUUCUUAAGAAUUUAACAGAAUUCAGUGCGAAGAGUAAAUUGAAACAAGCUUUAUUGACUUUCAUGGCCAGUCAAAUGAUUCAACCGAAGGAAGUCGAAUAAAUACAAGAGUUAUUUAAACAAUUGGAUCGAAAUGGGGAUGGGAAAUUGUCAAAGGAUGAAUUAAUUACAGCAUUCCAAUAGAAAGUGUAAAGUGGAGAUCGAUUAAUCGAAAAUAUGGAAAUUAAGAUCAAUAAGAUUGUCACAGAGAUAGAUGUGAAUAUGUCUGGGUACAUAGAUUAUACUGAAUUCAUUGUGGCUUGUUUGAAAUAUGAAAAGUUAUUGACUAUCGAAAAAAUUAAAUAAACAUUCAAAAUAUUCGAUAUUGUAAAGCAGUAGUUCGAUUUAUUAAUUAGGAUGGUGAUAAUUACAUUUCAAAAGAAGAGCUUCAACACAUAAUGGAAGGUGUGGAUGAUGACAUUUGGAAACAGUUCCUAGUAGAAUGUGAUCAAGACAAUGAUGGUAAAAUAUCGGAAGAAGAGUUCAUCAAUCUUCUAUCAGAUAAAUUUUGA